GCCGUGGGCGUCGGAGCGGCUGCGAUGAACCCGGUGAAUGCCACUGCUCUCUACGUGUCAGCGAGCCGCCUGGUGCUCAACUACGACCCCGGCGACCCCCAGGCCUUCUCCGAGGUCACCAAGCUCCUGCCUUACUUCCGACAGUCCCUCUCCUGCUGUGUUUGCGGAAAUUUGCUACAGGAUCCUAUUGCCCCCACCAACUCCACGUGUCAGCAUUAUGUCUGCAAAACUUGUAAAGGCAAGAAAAUGAUGAUGAAACCAUCAUGUAGUUGGUGUAAAGACUAUGAGCAGUUUGAGGAAAAUAAACAGUUGAGCAUUCUAGUGAACUGCUAUAAAAAACUGUGCGAAUACAUAACACAGACUCCAUUGGCACGAGACAUAAUACAGGCUGUUGACUGUUCUUCGGAUCUUUUGGCUUUGCUCAAAGAUGGAUCACCACUCCAUGAAGACACAGAAAAAACUUCCGAUGCAGCCAUGCCUUUAUGUUUGACACAUUCCCCUUUACCUUCAACCUCAGAACAUACUAAUGAUCCUCAAGCUAGUUUUUCCUCCAUACCAGAAAACACACACAAUAUUGAUAUUAGAAGUUCUGUUAUCAAUGGGUUGCCCAAUUGUAAUGGGCUUUCAGUGGAUAAACUUGGAGUAAACAUGCCUUCUCCUGAACAUACAAAUACAAUUGAUGUGUGUAGUACUGGAGAAUACAUAAAAACUGAGGAUAUCUCUAGCAGUCUUCAACCUGUGUGUGACACAGUUUCUACUAGUGACUUGUGUGCAUCAGGCAUUGACAUCUGCGGUUUCAGUGAAGAUAUAAAACCUGGUGGCUCACUAUUGCUUAGUGUUGAGGAAGUUCUCCGAAGCUUAGAAACUGUUUCAGGCACUGAAGUCUGUGGUUCUGAUUUGCAGCCCAGCUUGGAAGCCACUGUAUCCAAUGGUCCUUUUCUGCAGCUUUCUCCCCCACCUCUUAGCCAUAAUGUUUUCAUGUCCACAGGUGCUUCUCCACAUGGGAUCUCCUGUACAGCAGCAACACCUAAGGUUGUUAAGUUAAACCGAAAACGAUCUCGAUCAGAAAGUGACAGCGAAAAGGUUCAGCCACUGCCCAUUUCCAGCAUUCUUUGUGGCCCAACGUUGGGAGCAUCAGCACCAGUAACAGUGAAACAGGAAAAUAAACUGUCUUUGCAGCCUGUGGCAACUGUACCCAAUGGAGGCACUACUCCCAAAAUAAGUAAAACUGUACUUCUGCCUAAUAAAAGCGUGAAAAAGACUCAAGAACAUGCCCCCAAGAAAUCUCACCCGAAAGCCAAACCAGGAAUACUGAAAACAAAAGACAAAGCAAAAGAAAAAGUUGCUAGCAGUAAUGUUAUGCCAGGAAGUCCGACAAAAACUGUGUAUAAAAAACCACAAGAAAAGAAAGGGUGUAAAUGUGGUCGCGCCACCCAAAAUCCAAGUGUUCUUACAUGCCGUGGCCAACGUUGCCCUUGCUACUCUAACCGUAAAGCCUGCUUAGACUGUAUAUGCCGUGGAUGCCAAAACUCAUAUAUGGCUAAUGGGGAGAAGAAGCUGGAAGCAUUUGCAGUGCCAGAAAAAGCCUUAGAACAGACUAGGCUUACUUUGGGCAUUAAUGUGACAAGCAUUGUGCGCAGUGCCAGCACAAGCACCAGUGUAAUUAAUGUGACAGGAUCACCAGUAACUACAUUUUUAGCUGCCAGUACACACGAUGAUAAAAGUUUGGAUGAAGCUAUAGACAUGAGAUAUGACUGUUAAAUCUUUUUUUUUCUUGGUCUUUUCCCUGCCCUUAGUAGGGGAACUGCUACAGUUUUAAGGCAGCUAUGGUUCUGUUUAACUUGCCGAAGCUCCUGCAUAUAGAUCACUUGUAUCAAGUGUUUUUCAUUGCUAUGUUUUGUGUGUUAGUGUCUGGGAAAUAGUUUGCAGAUAAUGGAGGAAUUACCCUAAAACUAUGUCUUUAGAUCUCACAGCACCUCAUAGUUUGAGAUCACAUGCUGAUGUAAAUGGUUUUAAUACAAGAUGACCUUUGGCAAGACACAUAUUAACCUUAUUGUCCCAGUUAAUGCUUUGUACACAAUUAAAGCUUCCAAUUAAAUGUAAGGAAGUGUAUCCAGUCAGUCCAUCAAAAUUGUGCUUGUUUAUGAUACGUGAAAGUAACUGCCAAUUACACUGCCAUAGGGCGUCAGUGUUGCUAGCAAAUCACAUCCCAUUCAUCUUGAAAAUAGUUAUUAACUAAGGAAUACAGUGUUUGAUUG